CCAAUAAAUUGGAGAUGAUCGCCACCAAACUCUUUCACAAGUCAUAACAGUCCUUCAAAGAUUGAUCUUUUUUGUUUUCGAAAAAGAGAAAAUUCAGUUAUGGCGGAGAUCUCGGGAAAUGGCCAUGGCGACGCCAGAGAAGGAUCAGUAGUGGUGAAUCUCAAGGAAGAAGACAAACAUCAACAACAAGUAGAAGCUAUUCAUAACCCAAAACCCUUGAAGAAACAAGACUCUCUCCUCUCAAUCUCUGUCCCUUUCUUACAAAAGUUGAUGGCGGAGAUUCUGGGAACGUACUUUUUGAUAUUCGCCGGUUGUGCAUCGGUGGCCGUGAACACACAACACGACAAAGUCGUGACACUUCCGGGGAUCGCCGCCGUUUGGGGACUCACCGUCAUGGUUCUUGUUUACUCUCUCGGUCACAUCUCCGGCGCACAUUUUAAUCCGGCCGUCACAAUCGCCUUUGCCUCUUGCCGCCGUUUCCCUCUCAAACAGGUUCCGGCGUACGUCAUAUCACAAUUGAUAGGAUCGACGCUUGCGGCAGCGACUUUGCGGCUGUUGUUUGGACUUGAUAAUGACGUUUGCAGUGGAAAACACGAUGUGUUCGUCGGAACAUUACCGUCGGGAUCGGAUUUGCAAUCGUUUGUGAUCGAGUUUAUCAUCACUUUCUACCUAAUGUUCAUCAUUUCCGGCGUCGCCACCGAUAAUAGAGCGAUCGGAGAACUUGCCGGAAUAGCAGUAGGAUCAACGGUGUUACUUAACGUGAUAAUUGCCGGACCGGUAUCAGGAGCGUCGAUGAAUCCAGGAAGAAGUUUAGGACCUGCAAUGGUUUAUAAUUGCUACAAAGGAAUUUGGAUUUACAUAGUAUCUCCAAUUCUUGGUGCGAUUGCGGGUGCAUGGGUUUAUAACACGGUUAGAUAUACCGAUAAACCGUUGCGAGAGAUAACCAAAAGCGGUUCGUUUUUGAAAACCGUGCGAAACAAUAGCUCUCGUUAAGAAAACAAAUUCAUGGCUAUGUUAAAUUAGUCAUCGGAGGUUUAUAAGUUGUAUCAAUUAGAAGUAAUGGGAGUAUUUUGGUAUUAAGGUCCUUUCUUCAAAAUGGGAACAUGUAUGGUAUAAUGUAACGAAAUGUAUAAUUUAAUAUAUAACAACUUU